AUGGAUCUGGAAAAAAAAAUUCUAAACUAUGGUCAGAUUAAAAGUGCAAAUCUUGAAUGGUUAGAUACUGAAAUUGAUAAGCAAUUUAAUAAAUUAGAUAAUGAUAAAUAUAGAGAUUUUGAAAUUGUCAAACAGAAGUGGAAACUACUAUUACUAUUUUUUUCGGAAUAUGGUCCAGUAACUAGAGGAAAUAAAGUAGAACUAUUUGAUAAUAGUAGAAGUGUAUUAAAUGCAAUGAUUAACGAAAUAGAUUCAGCAAAAGAAAGAGUUUGGCUUGAAACUUAUAUAUUUGACAAUUGCAAGAUAGCAAAAAGAUUUGUGGAUUCACUAUGUAAUGCAUCUAGAAGAGGUUGUGACGUUAUAUUAUUAGUUGACUGGAUUGGGAGCUGUAAAAUUCCUAAUGAAUGGUUAAAAAAAUUACGACAAAAUGGUGUAAAUAUUGUAUGGUUUAAUCCUUUAUUCAAUAAAUCUGUUGGACCUAUAGUCUUUCGUGAUCAUAGAAAGAUAUUGAUAGCUGAUAAUAUUGCAUUCUGUGGUUCUUUAAACUUAUCUGCUACUUCAAAGUUAAAAUCAUAUAUUUACGAAGAAGCAGAUUUAGAUAAAUAUUCAAGUGUUAAUAACAGGAAAAGAUACUUUAGUUAUAGAAUAGCAGGUUUUCUAUAUAGUAAGAUAUUUUCAUGGAAUUUAAUCUAUAAGAGACCUUGGUUCUACGAUGUUCAUGCAAAAAUCAAGGGGCCUGCAACUUAUGAUUUAGCAAAGGUAUUUUUGGAUUCUUUAAAAGAGUCAAGAUCUGAUUUAAAACGAGAUAUAUUUAUUCGUCCAGAUGAGUAUGAAGAUGGUUGUGUUUUGCAAGUUUUGCUUAGUAAUACAAGAAAACAGAAUAAGGGUAUACAAAAUGUCUUAGCGAUAGCUACAAGCAAUGCUAAUUGGAAUGUCUUCUUGACUACUUCAUAUUUCAUGCCACCUGGACUUCUUCGUCGUGCAAUACAAAAUUCAAUUAAAAAUAAUAUUGAAGUAUCUUUAUUAUUGUCUGGUAAUUCGGAUAUACUUGGUGAUACGAUGGCGACAAAGUACUUUCUAAAAAAGCUAUUUGCAAAGAAAAAUGCUAGAUUUUUUUUUACUAAAGAUGCUCAUUGCCAUGCUAAAUAUAUUGUUAUUGAUAGUAUAUGGUCUUCAUUUGGUAGUUUUAAUUGGGAUAGAUUUUCUUCAAGGAGAAAUUUGGAGGUUUCUGUUGCAGCUUUUGAUCCGCAAAUUGCACAACAAUUAAUUAGCAUGCAAAAUAAGUUCACUAAAUCUAUAGAGAAGUCAGAAGAGUUGACUUAUGAUGGAUUAUACAAUCAACAUUACUUUAGUUUGUUUAUCUCUAAAAUUAUGUAUAAUGUUGUUAGAUUAUUAGGUAGGAAUUGGCUUGAUGGAUUAUCUCCUUCUAAUUCUAAAAGUAAAAGGAGUUACAUUAGAAGUUCAAUUAUUGACCUUUCAAGCUACCAUAUAUUAUGUAAUGGAAUUUGGAACUAG